CGAUCGUCGAUCGUCGAUACUCUAUCUGUAGUCGUCGCCGCCGCCGCCCCCGCCCGUCGAUGCUUCCGAAUAUUCGGAAUUGAAACUUUGGAAUUUUUAUUGCGUGAUUGGCUGGAAAAAACGUCCAUUUGGGUGACUGACUUGACCAGCUUUCAUCUCGAUCUUGUCACGCAUCUCUUUGAUCACAUUGACAGCGAUCAUGUCCAGCCUACUAGAGACUCUGGCGACUCUGCCAGGGGCAUCCUACACUCAUCCCAUAUCCACUUCCAUCCCUUCUUCCUCCAAACUCAACCCAUACCUCCCUUUGCCAUCCACCUCCACUUUGUUCACCGAUUCCUCAUUCUUACAUACAGUCCCAGCGAACACAUCGUCUUCAGUGGUACAUGUGCUCGGAUCAGAGAGUGUGAUCUCCUCACGAGAUAAGGAUUCUCUCGUGCUCAUCUCCAGGACGCCACAGGAGGCCUAUGACCACAGCGUACUGGCCCUCAAGGUCGCCAAGAGCGGAAUAUCAACAUUUCAUUUUGUAGGAUCGGCAGCUCUUUCCGGAAGUCCGACGAUCCUUCCGAACGUCGAAGAAUGGCUAGAAAGCUCUACACCGGCACUCAAUGGUCAUUCCUCAGACCCGGAUGCGGAGGAACGCCUAAACAGUGCAUAUGAAGCCGCAGCCCUGUCGCUCCUCAAGGCGACUCGCCGCGCUCAGCGACCGUUUGUCACUCACGACUCUAAUCCAAAGCCCUCAAGGGCGAUCCUCAAUUUCCUCCCCUACACCCCCGAGCUCUCCGGCGAACAGCUCAUCGACAUUUCUCUCGCUUCCCCACUGCCACGAGACAAAGUUCGUCAUGCUGUCAAGGGCUUCUCAGAGAUCAUCGUGCUGGAGUCUGGCAGUGGCAAGUAUGGACCAGCUUGGGCCUCGGUCGUAGAUGCUCUGGAAGGCUCCGACUAUCCCAUCCGAUCCAUCUUGGCUGGCUCAAAUCCCGACAUUGCCUCUGCUCUUUCCUCCUCGGCACCUGUCUCGCGGACCGGCUCCCCCCUUCCAUCUCCUUCCAUCCCAAAGACAUCAAUCACUAUUCCCUCAGCCGAGUCAAAAUACACAGACCUGUUGGCAUCCUCUCCCUCUCCUCUUGAGAUCCUCAACGAUCCCGCUUCAUUGUCAGCGUCAGAAUCAACUUCUCCUUUGUAUGCUUUCGGCAAAGCCGUGGCUAUAAGGAGAGAGCGAGAGCAGCUUGUUGAAUUGGCAAAGUCCGUCCUCAAGGCGCCAAACACACGCACAGAAGUCCACGAGGCAUUGUCACAAUGGUUGUUGGUUCGUGACGAAGCUGCAUCCUCACAGGCGGGAGAGAAGGCUGAGAAGGCUCUGGGCGAAGGCUCAUCAGCCGAUGAAAAGUCGCUGCUCGAACUCGGCAGAAAGGGUCACUGGGCCAAGAAGAAUCUCUGGAUUGUCAUUUCCAAUUCCUGGGCUCAAGAUCUCGCAUCCUCUGGUCUUCACCAUGCUCUUGCCUCCGGCCUCGAUAUCAAUCUCCUCGUGUACGAGACAGCUUCUUCUCCUUUCUCUCCUCUCGCUCCCCCUCAACCCUCUCGCGAACGCAAGAAGGAUCUAGCGCUCUACGCUCUGAACAUGGGUGAUGUAUACACCUCAUCCGUCGCGGUCUAUGCCGAUUUUGCAGGCGUCAUCAAUGCCAUGCGGGAAGCCGAAGCGUAUCCUGGACCCGGUUUGGUCUUGGCGUAUCUUCCAUGGGGAGAUAAGGAAGACGGGCAAUCUGUCGGACAAGGCGAGGUUGCCGGUCCUCUGGAGCGCUUGCGGGAGACCAAGCGUGCUGUCAGCGGUGGAUGGUGGCCAAUGUUCAGGUGGAAUCCCGCUGCCCAGGAUGGCAAGCAAUUCAUUCUUGAUUCACCGGCGAUCAAGACGGCGUUGUCUCAAUUCCUCGACCGUCAGUCGCAUCUGUCUCAGUUGACCCGGGCAUCACCAGCCAUCGACGCCAGCGUCACCUCGUCCAAGGGUACAGAACUUGUGGCGGCUCGAAAGGAAAAGGCCAAGCGUGCCUACGAUGCACUGCUCAACUCGCUGGACGGUCCUGGUCUCCUGGUGCUGUACGCAUCUGAUGGAGGUACCGCUGAAAAGGUAUCAAAACGUUUAGUCAGCCGAGCCAAGAUGAGGGGUGUCAAUGCAACUCUCCAAGUCUUUGAUGGCAUCGCUGCCAACGCCGUUGAAGCUCUGGGUGCAGAGAAGAAUGCCGUCUUCAUUACUGCCGUCGCUGGACAAGGAGAAUCGCCAUUGAACGGUCGAGAGCUCACCAAGAAGCUCGGAACUUUGUCGGCCGACUCAAUCGGCGAGUCAUGGAAAGAUCUCAAGGUUUCUGUAUUCGGGAUGGGUGACUCCAACUACUGGCCUCGAAAGGAGGAUUACAUCUAUUACAACAAGCCAGCGAAGGACUUGUUCCCUCGUCUACUUUCUCUCGGCGCUUCAGAGCUCGCGCCUCUUGGUUUGGGAGACGACCAGGACCCAGAUGGUUACAUGACAGCCUACAAGCCUUGGGAGGCCUCGCUGUGGCGCGCUCUUGGAGUGGAUGCAGUGGAGGUCGUCGAAGCGCAAGAAGAGGUGGUCGCCAAUGAGCACAUCAAGAUUGCCAGUGACUACUUGCGAGGAACUAUCUUGGAAGGUCUGGCAGAUCAGUCCACAGGAGCCAUUGGCCCGAGUGAUGCCCAGUUGACAAAGUUCCACGGAACGUACAUGCAGGAUGACCGGGACAUCCGAGAAUCACUUACGGCCCAAGGGCUCGAGCCCGCAUACUCAUUCAUGAUUCGAUGUCGAAUGCCAGGUGGUGUGUGUACCCCUGAGCAAUGGCUGGCCAUGGACAGGAUCGCCGACGAACAUGGGAACUCUACGUUUAAGCUCACGACUCGUCAGACAUUCCAAUUCCACGGAAUUAUCAAGAAGCAUCUCAAGCCCGCUAUGCAAGCUAUCAACAAAUCUCUGUUGGAUACUAUCGCAGCUUGUGGAGAUGUCAACCGAAAUGUUCAGUGCACUGUGAACCCGGCGUUGUCGCAUAUCCACCAGACAGUCUAUGAUUUCUCCAAGAACAUGUCUGAGUAUCUGCUGCCAAAGACUUCAGCGUACCAUGAGAUCUGGCUAGACAAGAAGCAGGUCGCUGGCGGAGAAGUAGCCGACCUCGAGCCAUUGUACGGACCGACUUAUCUUCCGCGGAAGUUCAAGAUGGCCGUAGCUGUUCCUCCUGAUAACGGUGUCGAUGUCUUCACCAACGACGUCGGGUUCAUUGCGAUCGUCGAGAACGACAAAGUUGUCGGUUACAACGUUACAGUCGGUGGAGGUAUGGGAGUCACACAUUCCAACAAGAAGACCUAUCCCAGAUUGGGAGACCUGAUCGGAUUUGUCCUGCCUGAAGAUGCUAUCAAGGCCGCGGAGUCGAUCAUGAUUGUGCAGCGGGACAACGGUAACAGGCAGGAUCGAAAGAAUGCUCGUCUCAAGUACACCAUCGAUCGCAUGACACUGCCAAUCUUUAAGAAAGAGGUUGAAGCUGUCUUUGGCAAGUCUUUCCAGCCUGUCCGACCGUUCGAAUUCACUACGAACAUCGAUAACUACGGAUGGGUCCAGGGCCGAGAUGGCAACUGGCAUUUCACCAUGUUCAUUGAAAACGGUCGCGUGGAGGACUCGUCGAGGAAUCAAUUCAAAUCUGGCUUGAGAGAGAUCGCCACGGUUCACAAAGGUCAAUUCAGGCUUACCGCGAACCAGCAUUUGAUCUUGGCGAACGUCACACCGGAGGAUAAGCCCGAGAUUGAGCGAUUAUUGAAGAAGUGGGGAUUAGACAACCUAAAUCACUCGGGCUUGAGAUUGUCCAGUUCGGCUUGUGUUGCUUUCCCGACAUGUGGUCUGGCCAUGGCAGAGUCUGAGAGGUAUCUUCCGCUUCUCGUCGACAAAGUCGAAAAGCUCCUCGAGGAUGAAGGCAUGCGUUCGGACAGCAUCGUCAUGAGGAUGACAGGUUGUCCAAAUGGAUGUGCAAGACCGUGGAAUGCAGAGAUUGCAUUUGUCGGAAAGGCUCCUGGCUCUUAUCUGAUGAUGCUUGGUGGAGGACACCACGGAGAAAGAUUAUCCAAACCUUGGAAAUCGUCCGUCACUGAACCAGAGAUCUUGGCCCUUCUCAAACCUUUGUUCAAGCAGUGGAUCGCUGAGAGGAAUGACGGUGAACCAUUUGGAGACUGGGUCAUUAGGGCUGGCAUCAUCAAAGCUACCACGCAUGGCACAAAUUUCUGGGCAGAGACCGACGCUUCAUAGAUCUCAUCACCAACCAAAUGUAUGCAUCGCGCCACUGUAUGAUCAGAUGAUUCUGCAGUCUAGGAUCCUUAGGAGGUUCCGAGAGGACUGUAUCCGUAAU